GGUCUCUUUAAAUCGAGGACGGGCAGCAGAUCACCGACCAUCAGAGAAGAUUUCAGGCUCCAGUUUUCCGUCUGCAACUCCAUCAUCAGCUGAUCCGGACGAUUCCCUCUGAGGGGAAACGAACCAGUCCGACCCGAACCAGCUCGCCACGGCACCAUGGACUUCAAUGUGAAGAAACUGGCUUCUGACGCAGGAGUGUUCUUCACCCGGGCCGUCCAGUUCACAGAGGAGAAGCUGGGCCAGGCUGAGAAAACCGAACUGGAUCCUCACUUAGAAAACCUGAUAAUGAGGGCGGAUGGUACCAAAAACUGGACUGAAAAGAUCUUAAGACAAACUGAGGUUCUCCUGCAGCCCAACCCAAUUGACCACACUGGUGCUCGGAUAGAGGAAUUCAUCUAUGACAAGCUGGACAAGAAGAUUCCCUCCAGGACCACCAAUGCAGAGCUACUGGGCCAGUACAUGUUGGAUGCUGCCACUGAAUUUGGCCCUGAGACCCCGUAUGGCAGCACCCUGAUCACUGUAGGAGAAUACCAGAAAAGACUGGGAGGAGCCGAACGGGAAUUCCUCCAGACUUCAGCCGGAAGUUUUCUUUCUCCGCUACGUAACUUCCUUGAGGGGGACUGGAGGACCAUAUCAAAAGAGAAACGGCUUCUGGAGAACCGAAGGCUGGAUCUGGACAUCUGCAAGGCUCGCCUGAAAAAAGCCAAGCAGGCAGAAGCCAAAGCAGCGGCUGCACCUGAUUUUCAGGAGACAAGGCCUCGAAAUUAUGUUCUUUCUGCCAGUGCAUCAGCGUUGCUGAGUGAGGAGGUGGACAAAGCAGAACACGAGCUCCGUGUGGCUCAGACAGAGUUCGACCGACAGGCUGAAGUCACCAGACUGCUGCUGGAAGGCAUCAGCAGCACACAUCUCAACCACCUGCGCUGUUUGCAGGAUUUUGCAGAGGCUCAGGCCGUCUACUAUGCUCAGUGUCAUCACUACAUGCAGGACCUUCAGAGGGAGCUCCACAGAUGUGCUAACCCUGCCGGCGCUCCACACACAUCUGCCUCUGGCUGCCCCGCCCCCAUAUCCUCUGCUUUCCCCUCCGGAGCAUCGUCUCCUGGGGCGACCGUCUCCUCCUCAUCCAAUCAAAGGGCCAGCUCACUGGCUAUAGAGCAGAUACAGCUGCCUGUCACGGGCGCCCGGAAGGCCAAGGUCCUGUACGACUAUGACGCCCAUGAUGCCAGCGAGCUCUCCCUCCUGGCUGAUGAGCUUAUUACUGUAUACACUGUCCCAGGAAUGGACCCUGACUGGCUGAUUGGAGAAAGGGGGAACGAAAAGGGCAAAGUACCUGUCACCUACCUUGAACUGCUGAGCUAAUGGACCAUGCAACAUAAACACACUUACAGAAAACUCUUUUCUCUGUCACACAUGGUGGGUGCGCUUGUUUUUAGCCUCGGUUUGUGCCUCUCAGCUGUUGGUGUAUGUUUGCUUCACAGCAGUAGCCGCUGCAUGGGUUUUAGGAUCCACCGCUUCAUCCUCUUUGAUGAAGCGGUGGAACCUAAAACCCAUGCAUCUGAAAGUGACCUGGAAGAUGCUGAUUGGUCCUGAAAUGUCUCACUGUGACCACAGCAUGAAAUCAGUCAAACAGCACUGAGAAUGUUUGGAGAAAACUCUGCCCCAGUGAGUCUGACCUGUCCAUUGUCCACUUUAAAAUAAAACACGUCCAAACUGGACCAUAAAGCAGGAGUCUGCUUAAUGCAGGACAUGUAGAGAUGUAUUGGCUGAAGGGUUGGAGACAUGCAUAUGGAUAACAAUGGAUAUGUUUGUCUCCAGCUAAACGCUUCACUCAUGAACUAAAUGAACCUGCUGUCAGACAGAAGAUGAGGUCAGGACUCUGUCUGGAGGUGAAGCUGAUCCAAACUAAAGAACCAAGCCAGCAGAAACUAAAACCAAAAUACUUAAACAUUUGACCAUCUGGAAGGAUGCGUUUUUGACAGUUCUGGGCUAAAACUGAUUAAUUUGACCCACAUACAUGCCUUUUGAUCCAAUUCCUUCUUCACUUCAGUUCAAUUCAGCUUUAUUUGUAUAGCGCCAAUUCUCAACAAAGUCAUCUCAAGAUGCUUAAUCAGUUCAAGCCGGUUCAGUGUGAUUCAGUUAAAACAAAUUCAUUAUACCAUCCACAUUAGUCCAAUGUGUAAGGAGAUCCAAGAAACCUGUUUUAUAUGUGAGGACAGAUCCUGGUCCAGAAUAACUCCAAGGUUCUUCAUUGUAGUACUGGAAGCUGAGGUAAAACCAUCCAGAGUAAUUCCAUAGCUAGAGUCUUCCUCAGGUCUAAAGACUUCUUCAUCACAGUCUCCAGCUGUGUUUCCUGCAAACACCUGACAUCUGCUGAGAACGUGUGUAAAUCUAAGUGAUUUGUAAUAUCAGCCUUUUUUCUAACACUAAUAAAUCCAGAAAAUUUUAAUGUAGCCUCAUUUACCUUUAUCUAUAUUUUUCUUUUGGUAGGUGACAUCAACCCCACCUCAGUCUGUUUCAUUUAUUCAGCUUUAAAAGCACACAGAAAUCCACACACACCCAAUCACAAACCAGAAAAGGUUCCUUCAUGUGCGGCUCAUGGUGGUUAUGAUUAAGCAUAACCAAAACAUUUAUUUCCAUUGUUUCCACUAUUAUAUCUCUUCUUGUUAUGCAAUAAAUGAGGCAACAUGUAAAUAAAAGGGCACUGUGUCAAAUGAAUAAAUAAAGGUCUCGUGGCUUUUAAGUAAAUGUGACUAAAUGUACUGGAUGGACUGGGACAGCGUGAGACCUGAGUCAUAGCUGUGUUUAAUGUUAAUAUGGAUCCCCCUCAGCCUGAAAUAGAAAGUAGAGUUUACUGUGUUGUAGUUUGUCUGAUAACUCAGCCAACGUUAAUGUUUCUAAACGUGUCUGUGGCCCUCCAAACGUUCCUCUAACACCACCGUCAGGUUAGCAUACCUUCGAGUAGAAAAGGCAAAUUAAAUGUGUCCAUUGGGAAUAAAUUCAGGCUCAGUUAUUUACGAGUCUAGAACAGCAAACUGCUCUAUAAGCUGUUUGUGCUGUUUGUAUUUUUCAGUGUGAUCAACCUUUUAGAGGCUAAUCGGACUUUCAGUCGUCUUACAUCUUUGAGCUUUAGUCUUUCUUGACAAUUAAUGGUUCGAUUAAAUAUCUGGACCUUUAGUCAGAUUUUUCUUCUGAGCUUUCUACUGAAACAAACCAUUUUUUUAAUUUUUGAAACUCACAUUUUAGUCCGUCUUUGUAGAGCACAGGAUGAAACGGAGCAUCCAUUAAGAUUUCACUGGGUUAAAGGUCAGUUUGUCAAACUGUUGCGUUCUUUUUGCAUUUGUAGUGUUUUGCAUGAACAUCGUAGAUCUUGUCUGCUUCGUACGCUGUACGUAUGCAGGCUUGUGUAAAUGAAUUUGGGGCCUGUUUGUGCAUAACGUUGCAUACAUGAUGUUCAUUUAUUGUGUUUUUCAAAUGUUUUCAGUUUUAAAAUGUCAUCAUCCCACGUGUGGUCUCUAGUUUGAUGUGCAAUAAACCUGCAUGUGUUACAGUAA